CUCUCCCUCAUGUCCCUUGCGGCCCUCGAUGUCGCUCUGCUGGUGGGCAAAGCCAUCGGUGUACUCGGUUUCCUGCUUUUCGCUCGAUUCCUCGUGUGGCUCGUCAAUUUGCUUCUCGUCGCCCCAAGAUUCGACCCACUCCGACAUCUCCCGGGGCCAGACGGUGGCGCGCUUGAAAGUCAUUUCAACCAAGUGAACGACCCCGACAUCACGCCCCAGGUGUACAAAGACUGGACUUCACGCUUCGGAAAGACGUUCAGAUAUCAUGGAUAUGGAAGGCACGACUACCGCCUCAUGUCUUUUGACCUGCGCGUUCUUUCGCACAUUCUGUUGUCUCCAACGUAUCAAAAGCCAUGGCAAACACGCCAGUAUCUCGGCAGACUGUUGGGGCGCGGCGUAUUUAAUAUGGAAGGAGCCGAGCAUCGAUACCUGAGAAAACUCAUUGGUCCUGUGUUUACAGCACAGGCGGUCAAGGAUGUGUCUGGAGUGUAUUUCCAAAAGGCCGAAGAGCUCACUGAUCGCUGGGAAACCCUUCUCUGUGCCGGCUCUGGUGACUCUGCAACCUUCGAUGUCGCUCACUGGGUCCUCAGAACGACAUUCGACAUCUUUGGCCUCGCCGGUCUCGAUUACCACUUCAACGCGCUCCUCGACGAGUCAGAAGCCGUAUACUCGGCGUUUCGCACGAUGUUUUGCAUUUCUGACAAGUCAUCACAACUCCGGGUCUUAAAGCAACUCUACUUGCCCGUGGUGGAACGAAUUUGGCCAGACGAAGCCGACAUAAUCACUCAACGUUGCUUGAAAACCAUCCACGAAUGUGGAAUGGCGCUCAUCGAAACCAAACGACAAGCCAUUCUCGCUGAGAAAUCCGACUUUCAGUCGCAAGAGAAAGACAUGCUGAGUCUUUUGAUCAAAUCCAACUUGGCCGCGGAUCCGUCGGCGCGACUUAGCGACCGCGAACUCCUCGACCAAAUUACGUCCUUCCUUUUCGCGGGCUCUGACACCACUGCGCUCGCCAUCACUUGGUGUCUGCGCUACCUCUCCUUACAUCCGAAUAUCCAACAAAAGCUACGAGAAGAACUUGGUGACGCAGGAACAACUUCCCAAGUCGACGUCCUCGAUGGGCUCCCGUAUCUUGAUGCUGUUCUCCGCGAAACUCUGCGUUUUACACCACCAGUUCAUGGAACCCUUCGCGUGGCUACUGUCGACGAUCUCAUACCCAUUUCCUCUCCAGUGACUCUCCGCGACGGCACAGUCGUAACUGAAACCGAGCAUAUCCGGAUUCGCAAAGGCACAUUUGUGCAUAUCCCACUCGAGGGCAUCAAUAUGUCAGAAGACAUCUGGGGCUCCGAUGCCCAAACUUUCAACCCCGAUCGGUGGCUCUCCUCGUCGCACUCCGGCCCGAUCCAAGCCUUCCCCGGUCUCGCCAACCUGAUGUCAUUCUCUUUCGGCCGCGCUGCCUGCCCAGGCUAUCGCUUUGCUCUCGUGGAAGCCAAAGUGGUCAUUGCUGCGCUUGUCCGCCAAUUCUCCUUCGAGCCUGUUGUCGGGUUGGAGAUCGGGAUGUACAACUGUGUGAUGACCAAGCCUUUCGUAAGGCAAGCUGGGAGAUGCGCGAGCGAUGGUGUUGGCCUGCCGCUGAAGGUCACGCGUGUCGACACGCAACACAGAGUCUAA